CGGCUGUCGACGUCGUCUGGAAGAUUCUGGAAGUCUCUGGUUGUUAGGUGUGAGAGGUGUUGUUGUUGUUGUUGUCGUCGUCAGUCUGUUUUUAAAAUUAAUAUACCGGUAACCUUGGAAAAUGGUGAAAGAAACUGCAUACUAUGACCUUCUUGGUGUGAAACCAAGUGCAAGUGAAGAUGAGUUGAAGAAAGCGUAUAGAAAAUUGGCUUUAAAGUAUCAUCCAGACAAAAACCCUAAUGAAGGUGAUAAGUUCAAACAGAUUUCACAGGCCUAUGAAGUUUUGUCGGAUUCCAAAAAGCGUGAACUUUAUGACCGAGGUGGUGAACAGGCUAUUAAAGAAGGUGGUGGUGGCAUGGGAGGUGGAGGCUUUUCAUCCCCAAUGGAUAUCUUCGACAUGUUCUUUGGAGGUGGUGGCAGAAUGCACCGGGAGAGAAGGGGCAAAAAUGUUGUUCAUCAGCUAGCCGUUACGUUGGAAGAUCUUUAUAAUGGAGCAACAAGAAAACUGGCACUGCAGAAGAAUGUAAUCUGUGAUAAAUGUGAAGGUCGUGGUGGCAGAAAAGGUGCCUUGGAGUGCUGUCCAAUUUGUCGUGGCUCUGGUAUGCAGGUGAGAAUCCAUCAGAUUGGACCUGGGAUGGUUCAGCAGAUUCAGUCUAUCUGCAUGGAGUGCCAUGGUCAAGGCCAACGAAUUAAUCCCAAAGACAAAUGCAAGGCCUGCAAUGCUCGGAAGAUUGUGCGGGAAAAGAAAAUCCUUGAAGUUCACAUUGACAAAGGAAUGAAAGAUGGGCAGAAAAUAACAUUCCAUGGUGAAGGUGAUCAAGAGCCAGGGUUGGAGCCUGGAGAUAUAAUUAUUGUCCUUGAUCAGAAAGAGCACUCUGUUUAUACAAGACAAGGGGAAGACCUCAUUAUGCACAUGGAUAUUCGGCUGGUAGAGGCACUUUGUGGAUUCCAGAAGCCAAUUACUACACUUGACAGCAGAACUAUCGUCAUCACAUCUCAUCCUGGCCAGCUAAUCAGACCUGGUGAAUUUAAAUGCAUUAUGGAUGAGGGAAUGCCUGUAUAUCGCAGGCCGUAUGAGAAGGGCCGUCUUAUCAUUAAGUUUCAGGUUAUUUUCCCAGAAGACAAUUUCUUGCCAGUUGAUAGACUGCCUGAACUGGAAAGGUUUUUCCCUACACGAGAGAAGAUUGAAGUAACUGAAGAGAUGGAAGAGGUUGAAUUGGAUGAGUUUGACGUGACACAGGACAGAAGACGCCAUUAUAACAGUGAGGCCUAUGAUGAGGAUGACGAUGACAGUGGUCACCACCACAGGGGAGGUGUACAGUGCCAGACCUCUUGAUUUACAAGUGGAGUGAAAUUGAAGCCUUGAGUUGAUCUUUCCUUUUUGUACUGCUUUACACACAAGACUUUGGAAAUGCAAGUGUUUACCGUUGUGUACUUUGCAAUUUUUAAUGCAGCUGAUGAAGGUACAGGUUAGUAAUGAUUAGAGCUGGAAAGCAGCACCUUAACGGGUCUCGGGACAUUUCAUAACGUGCAAAGUUAAAUUCAGUUUUGUCUGUUUUGCAUUUCUGCUUUUAUCUACAAACUAAGGGGGUGCUGUGAAUGAGUCGAAGGGUAAAGCAUUUGCAUUUUUGUACAUAAGGGUAUAAUUUAACACUUAUCAGUGAAGUCCCAACUAUGUAUUUGUACAUAUUUAUAAUUAAAUUUGCUAGAUCAAUAGCGUACUGUGAUUCUCCUGUGGAUAAACCUGUUAAACUAUGUUCACACUGCACAGACUUGAACACUUUCAUAAUCUGAGGGACAUUAACUGCCAUUGAUGUUUUGGCAAAUGCUUCUCUUCCUUUAACAAGUUGGACUUGGCCUGUUUGCCAUUAAAUGAAAAUCCUGAUCAUUCUCAUCA